AUGGCUGAGUCACGUGAAACACGUAUAGUGAAGCACAUGAACAAGGAUCAUGUCCACAACUUGGAGGAUUUCCUUGUAAUCUAUGGCCAUGUGGACCAAACUAUGGCGCAACGUAACCCUAGGCUUGAAACAAUUACACUCGAUGCAAUGACCAUCUCCUUCAUCGAUAUGGGUGGCAGUAAGGAAAAUGUCAAGAUUUUCUUUCAACCUUCCCUAGACUCUCUAGAUGAUGCUAGAAUUAGAUUGGUGGAAAUGUCUCAAAAUGCCGCUAAAAAAAGGGGAUUUAGUGAACACAUUGUCAAGAAAAUCCCCAUUCUACGUAAUUGGUAUGACGUCCCAAUCUUUAUUACCAUGGGGGUGCUCUAUUACUGGGCAAUGAAUCUCAAUUCGUUGUUGGCAUUGGUCGCCAACUUCUCAACUCCAUUUCAAGAGCUGAUUAGAGAAUACUACAUUUCGUUCUUUAGGGUCUUGGUAAUAAUUCACGUUCUCGAAUCUGUUUUGAUUCUUUACCCACUUUUGAGAAAAUACAGAGUCAACAUUUUCCAAAAGUUAACCGCACUUAGUAUUACUAUGGUUGAAGGUGGCUUCUAUAUCAAUGACUUCAAUAGAAAAAUUGAUGAAGUCUCAAACCCUAAAAAGACAAACUAA